AAGGACAUAUAUGGAUUCUUUGUGGUUCUUCAUUACAUUACCUGUCAUUUAGCUUACACUUUUAUCCAAAGCGACUUUCAAUAAGUGCAUUUCAACCAUAAGGAAACAAACUCAGUAGAACAAGAAACAAGAAAGUGCAGUUUACAGUACAGUACAUUCAGUAUAUAUCGUACAUUUUCUCUGGAAUAUUCUGAUGAAUUAGCAGAGCUUACUUACAGAAAUAACCAUACCACAAUUGAAGAAGUGCACAGAACGUUCUGAAUAUUUAAAACAUGUAAUUUAACAAAUAAAUGAAAAAAAAGGAGGAUUCUUCCCAAAAAAUGUAUUCACAACUACUGAGAACACCUCUAUUAUAGUUUGGUUUGGGUUAAUUUUAGAUGAUUGAAAGUCUACAGGAAAUAGUUUACCUUAGUAUUUUGACCUGCAACUGUAGGGUAUAGAAUAGUCAUUUGUGAACCAAACAAUUGCUAUUCAUCUACUAAUGUUAACUGUUUGUAGCUGCUUGAGUGUGAAUCCUGUCUCAAUUGCUACCUGUUUACGUAGUCAGAGAGAACAGAAUGUACUUGGGUCUGCCUAUUCAGCCAUCGUGACAAUCCUCACGUGCCGCCUACACAAAAAACAAGUGUGAUUGUUGCGUCUGUUCACAAAGCAGGAAGUUCUGCUGUAGAUUAGCGGCAUUAGGUGGAAGUCGGAUGCCUCUCAAAUAACUCUGUUAUCAGAAGGAAACAGUGGGACACUCCCACGUGGAGCCUGUUUCACCCCGAAAGUAUUCAUAGCGCUACUUUACACAGACUUUAGUGAUGUUUCUAUUCAACCAUUUAUCUCAUUGGGGAUGGAAGCUGGAGACAAUUGUACUCUUGUAACCAUUAUUGUUGAAUUUAAAGUUUUCAACUUUUCCAAAAAGUCAGUAAAGUUGUUAACUUGGAAAGAAUGAAAGAGAGGAUGUUAAUUUCCUUCCCUGGCUUAGUCAUUACACACUCGUCAUUUCCUCCCCUCCUCUCAGUAAUCUGCUUAGUCGUCAGUUGUUGUAUGCAGAGAGAAGAGAAGAUUUAAAAAGGGAGGGGUCUACAAUGCUUCAGCUAGCUGAGUCUGAAAUACCUUAGGCGAGGUUUUUAAUUAUUUCCCCCUCCUCUCAGAGGGUCUCGAGAUCUCAGGAAAAAGCAGCAGAGGAACCUUGUGAAUAGAGGAACCCUAUCAAUGGCUACUGCAAGCAGUAACAAUGAUGACACCUUGAAGGACAGUGAGCACACCAUGGACGUUGAGGAGGAUCCUGCCACCGAGACGUCUCAGGAUGUCUUAUGUGACUCCUGCAUGGACAGCCCCAGCAAGGCCCUGAGAUCCUGCAUGACCUGCCUGGUUUCUUACUGCGAGGCCCACCUCAGACCCCAUCUGGAGAAUGCCAAGUUUCAAAACCAUCGUCUGGUGGAUCCCCUCCACGACGUCGACCGUCAGACCUGUGAGUCCUCACAUCGGCGUCCUCUGGAGCGCUUCUGUCUGACGGACGGCCGCUGUUUGUGCCUGGAGUGUGAGGAGCACGAAGGGCACCCGACUGCCUCUGUACGGGAGGCACGGACACAGAUUGAGACAGAGCUGGAGAAGAAACAAAAAGAGAUCAAUCAAACUGCCUCGGCAACUGAGACAGAGAUCGGAAAACUCCAGAGUGACCAUGACUGGAUUAAGUCGUCAGUGCAGGACGUUUGUGUCACUGUCCUGGAGCAGUUUGCCAGGCUGCAGACAACCCUGGAGGAGGCCAGAAGAGGACUGGUGGAUGGGCUGGAGGCAGAGCAGAGAAAAGCCCUCAGACAGGCACAGAGCGUCCAGGCACAUCUGGAGCGGAGGAAAACAGGGCUGAUGAAAACUUUGGCCCAAAUGAACAAACUGUCAAGGAGCAAGUCUGAUGUAGACUUCCUGCAGGGGUAUUCACAGUGGAAGAUAGGCGUGGAAGAUGUAAGUCUGCCUGGUCCAAACAUCAACCGCAUGGACCAUCUGGCGUCUUGCCUCCAGGUAGUGACAGAUUCCACCCAGGAGCUGUGUGACCUGAUCCUCUCCUCAAACAUACUCAAAGUCUGUAAAAGUGUAGGGGCAAAAUCCUGGAUGCCAGAACCUGUACCUUCCUCCCUUCCCGAUUCUGAGACGCCGGAGGACUUCUUAAAAUACACAAGGAGUUUAACCUUUGACCCAGACACCAUCCAUCAGUUCCUACGUGUAACGGAGGACGACAGAAAGCUGACCAACACCAGCCCCUGGCAGCACACCUACCCAGAACACCCUGGUCGCUUCGAGUAUUGGCGUCAGGCGAUGACUUUAGAGAGCCUUUACCUCGGGAGGCACUACAUCGAGGCCGAACUGAGUGGGAAUGGUGCACAUGUAGGAGUCACGUACAAGAGCAUCGAUCCUAAAGGAGAGCAAAGCACCAGCUGCAUCACCGGGAACGACUCGUCCUGGUGCGUGGGGAGGAGCAGCCGAGGCUUCUCUGCCUGGCACGCCGGUGUGGAGGAGCCCUUGGAUGCCACGGACGUCACGAGGCUUGGCUUGACUUUCACUGAGGCUCUGUGUCUUUUUAUGAUGCCACCGGCCCGAUGAGGCGGCUGCACAACUACACUGCUGAUUUCACAGAGCCCUUACAUGUUACCGCCUGGCUGUCGAAAAAAGACAAUGUAGUUCAUCUUGUUAAUGACAAACUAUAUAAC